UCACAUUAUUGUUGUUUUUGUCCUCUCCACCUACACAUUCUCAAUCCUUCAGAUCUUCAAACUCCGCUAGCAUUUAACUAAUCAUCCAACAAUGGCACCACGCAGGCCAGUGAAGGUGAUCGAGUCUUGCAGAAUAGGCCCUCCAAAAGGAUCAAUCACUUCUACCUCCGCCAUUCUCCCUCUCACCUUCUUUGAUCUAGUCUGGUUACCAUUACCAACCCCUCAAUUGCUCUACUACUACGAUUUUCCCCAACCACUGACCCAAUUCACUGAGUCUUUCCUUCCCCACAUCAAACACACCCUCUCUCUCGCCCUAUCAAUUUGCUACCCACUUGCAGGAAAUCUUUCAUGGCCCCAUGACUCCUAUAAACCCAUUGUCAAGUACAUCGAUGGUGACUCCAUCUCCUUCACAGUCGCCGAAUCUGAUGCUAACUUCUACCGUCUCUCCAGCAACAAUGCAAAAGACCCAGAAGAAUUACAUCCUCUCGUCCCUCAUUUGCCUGUAUCAGGAUCAGUUGUCCCUGUUUCUGCAAUACAAGCAACGGUUUUCCCUAAUUCCGGAAUCUGCAUCGGAAUCACGAUUCACCACUCAAUCGUUGAUGGAAGAUCACUCACCCACUUCAUGAAGAUAUGGGCUUCGAUCUCCAGGUUAGGAGAUGCAGGGAAUGCAGGGGGUGAAUCUCUAUCAAAUGAAUCACUUCCAUUCUUGGACAGGACUGUGAUCAAUGACCCCAACAACAUCGAGAAGACAUACUUGAAGGAGUUAGUGAGAUUCAUGGGGUCUAAAUCAGAAUCUGGAAGCCGAAUAUUAAAACUGAUGGAUGUCAAACUAGAACCUGAUAUGGUUCGAGCUACUUUUGAGCUUAAUCCAACCAAUAUUUGGAGGAUCAAAGACUUCAUCUUGGCUCAACACGAGAAGACACAACCAAAUCGUCUAUCAACUUUUGUGGCAGCUUGUGCUUAUGCUUGGGUCUGUUUGAUUAAAGCAGAAGGUAAAGUGAUCAAGUCUGAAAAUCCGGGCAUGGCACGCCUUGUUGUAACUGUGGAUUGUAGGGCUCGGUUGGACAAUCCUAUACCGGGAACUUACUUUGGAAACUGUGUUAGAGGUUGUGUGAUGACUUCAGAGAGGGCUGAUUUGAUGAGAGGAGAUGGAGUUGCUGUGGCAACAGAGUUGAUAAAGGAGGCGAUGAGCGGACUGCGGAAAGGAGUUUUGGGAGGUGUGGAGCAUGUUCUUUCAAACUUGUUAAAACUAGAGUCCAGGCGAGCUUUUGCAGCUGCUGGGUUGAUGGGGUUUGGGAUUUAUGAGACAGAUUUUGGGUGGGGGAGACCAAAGAAGGUGGAGUUAGUAUCGAAUGACAGAACCGGAGCAUUGUUUAUGAGAGAGAGCCGUGAUAUAGAUGGUGGAAUUGAAUUUGAUUUGGUUCUCCACAAGCAGGUAAUGGAAGCGUUUGCUCAGGAGUUCUAUCAUGGGCUCCAACGCUCAAACUUGUAACUAUGUCGAUUUGAACUUAUAAAAUGGAAAGGGAAAGAAUAACAACUUAUGUAUGAAUUGUACUACUUUUAAUUUCUAGUUUCAUUUCUGGGUUUUUCAUCA